AUGUCAACCUGGCUCGACGUUGCAAUCCAGCACCUGCUGGACUGUGCUGCUUUGGAUGUUUUGGCAGCCUUGGCCCGGUGCUGUCGCGCCACUGCUGAAGCAGUGUCGGCUACCAAAGAGGUUCUUCAGGAGCGGUUCGCCAGAGAAGAUUCAGAAGAAGGAAGGUGUGGUCCCGAGUUGUAUGUUCGGCUCCAGCGACGGCGGCUUCCAAAUGGGCUGCUUCAUGGGCUGGAGCGAUCCACCUGUAUUCCCCGCCGUGUAGGAGGACCUGGAAUUCCCUCGUUCUAUGCAGAGCGCGUGUGGAAGGAAGGCCGGCUGGUUAAGGAUGCAGUUUGGGAGACGAACAGCUGGAAGCGAAGUCGUUUUGCCCCAGAAAUUCACGAGGUCUGCUCGAGCAGAGAGUACGACCUCGAGCCGCCGAAACCGCUGCAGCUCGACCAUCCACUGCUCCAGACCAUGCAGGGCCUGGCGAUCUACGGCAUGCCCUGCGUCGAGCGCACGUGGCAACAGAACGGGGGGCCUCCCCAGGUCACUCUCUUUGAAGAGGACGAAGAGGAGCUGAGAGCACGAUGUGAUUGGGCCAUGGAAGACACACACUCCCUGUUUGCGGCGGUAGAUCAUUUUCUGUACUAG